GACUUUAACUUUGGGACAAAACAAAAAUGUUUUUUGUAUAUUCUUAGAUAAUUUUGUUUUCAAGGAAAAUUAUAAAACAUUAGUGAAAUUUUUAACAAAAUUAAACAAAAUAAAUUAAAAAUAUAUAUUUUGUGUUCGGCAAAUCCCUUGUGCCUGUAAUUGUUAAUAACAACGGAACGAGUGAUUGGUGCUGUGGUCAGAAGAAAAAAAGAAAAAGAGUACAAACGGUCAAUUUAUAGCAGGGACAAUGUUUUAUCGUAGAUUUUUUAAAUCAGUGUUAUUUGGCAUACCCAUAGGAGUAACAUUUCUAGACUGUGUGGGUUAUGUAGCUCGGGUGGAUGGUAUCUCCAUGCAACCGGCUUUAAAUCCAGAUGCUACACAAACCGAUUAUGUGUUCCUAUCACGUUGGGCGGUGCGCAGCAAUAAUGUACAACGUGGUGAUAUUGUCUCUUUAAUAUCACCCAAAGAUCCUUCACAGAAAAUUAUUAAGCGGGUGGUGGGCCUUCAAGGCGAUGUCGUAUCGACUUUGGGUUAUAAACAGGAAAUUGUGAGAAUACCCGAAGGACACUGUUGGGUGGAGGGAGAUCAUACAGGGCACUCUUUAGACUCUAACACAUUUGGACCGGUAGCUUUAGGUCUUAUGACAGCAAGAGCUGCUUUUAUAGUUUGGCCUCCAGAAAGGUGGCGUGCUUUACCCACAGAAUUGCCUGGAAAAAGGAGACCCAUACAUACGGCCAAAUCUACUAACUAUCAUUAAGAAAAUUUGCCUAAUAUAGGAGACUAAAGGAGUCGGAUACUGA